AUGGCUUCCUCCAACAUCCAGUCCGCAGACCCCUACAAGGAGAAGAGUCUUGAAGACCCCCCUCUCGCCCAGAAGAUCGAGGAUCUAGUCGACUUCAUCUCCGAGACGAAGUUCGGCAUGCUCACGACCAAGGCUUCGGAUUCGGAUCUCCUGACAUCGCGAUGCAUGGCCCUAGCUGGAAAAGAACACGGCGGCAUCGACCUAAUCUUCCACACGAACCUCUUCUCGGGCAAGACGCUCGACCUAAGCAUCCACCCCCAAGAAACCAACAUGUCCUUCCUCGAUCCCGUCAGCGGCUCCUGGGCCUCCAUUUCCGGCACCGCGUCUAUCGUCGCCGACCCCGCCGUCGUCAAGAAAUACUACUCGCCGACCCUGCCCGCCUGGUUCGGCGACCUGGGCGACGGCGUGCAUGAUGGCGGUCCGAAUGAUCCGCGCAUCGGGGUUAUCCGGCUGGAGGCGAAAACGGUGACGCAUAUGGCGGCGCGGAAGGGAUUGUUGGGGCGCACGAUCACGACGAUCAAGGGCGCCGCGCAGGGCGAUGUGCCGGCGAUCAAUAGUCUGAGGGAGUUUACGAAGGAGGAGUUGGAGGAGUGGCGUCGGACACACAAGGCCUAG